AUGCCAUCCACAGUAUAUUUAUCUACAGUACAACAAUAUUUAACACGUUAUGGUAUGACAACAUAUAUUAUACUUGGCAAUAUUGGUUUACUUCUUAACAUAGCGAUUUUUAUUUGGCCUGCAUAUCGUCGAAAUCCUUGUUCAAUUUAUAUUUUAGCUGCAUCAUUUUGUGGUUUAAUUGGUUUAAAUAUAUCUGCUGUACCCGUAGUUUAUGCAUUGGAUAAUACUAAUCCAGUUACAGCGUCACUUUUCUUUUGUCAAUUUCAAUUUUAUUCUCGUCAUUCAUUUAAUCAAAUGAUGCGAACAUAUUUUAUAUUUGCUUGUAUUGAUCGAUAUGCUAUUUCAAGUAAUAAUGUUCGUAUCCGAUCAUUUAGUCAAUAUCGAACAACGAUUUAUAUUAUUAUAUGUAUUCCUAUAUUUUGGUUAUUAUUAUCUAUAUUUCCAGUAAUGUUACGUUCACUUGAAAAUGGUAAAUGUCAAGGAAAACCAGGUUCACCUUCUAUUAUAUUAUCAGUGUAUAUUUCUAUUGUUGUUGGUGUAGUUCCACUAAUUAGUAUGAUAAUAUUUGGUAUUUUAAUGCUGAAGAAUUUGAAGAAUAUUCGUGCUCGUGUCCAACCAACUGGAAUUUCAAGUGUAAUAAAAUAUGGUCUUCACAAACGUGAUCGGGAUAUGAUGAGAAUGUUAUUAAUUGAAACAAUGUGUUAUAUUACUACGACAGCACCAUUAUCAAUUAGUCUUAUAUAUCAAGCAGCUUCACAAACAGUUACGAAAGGCAAUGAUCAACAACGAAUUGAAUCAUUUAUUACAUAUUUUACUGGUACAUUUUUAAUUUAUUUUAAUAAUAGCCUUUCUUUUUGGAUUUAUAUUGUGGUAUCACGAUCAUUUCGAUUAGAAUUAAAAAAUUUAUUUCUCAAAUGUUAUGAACUUAUUGCAGGCAAAAAAAUACAAAUAAAUACAUUAAGUACUACAUAG